CGCCGGCAGGCUGGCCGAGAGAUCAUUGGAACAGAACUGCUGAAGGAAGGCAAACAUUGCACCUUCAGUUGGCAUCAAAUUUGCAGCCAGACUGGACAAGUUUAACUGGAAGCUUCCUUUCUCUGUACUGGAAGACAUGGGCUUCAACUUGACUUUCCACCUUUCCUAUAGAUUGAGAUUGCUGCUGCUUUUCACCUUGUGCCUCAUGGUGGUUGGGUGGGCCACCAGUAACUACUUCGUGGGUGCCUUUCAAGAGAUUCCCAAAGCAAUGGAUUUCAGUAUUGCCAAAGCUUUGGGGAAACAAAAAACUUUCACUACUGAAGCAUCUGUGAAAAAAGUUGAACUUGAAAACUGUCCUUCUGUGUCACCAUACCUCAGAGGUCAGAGCAAGCUCAUUUUCAAACCCGAUCUCACUAUGGAAGAAGUACAGACUGAAAAUCCCCAAGUGUACAGAGGUCGGUAUCAACCAGAGGAAUGUAAAGCUUUGCAGAAGGUCGCCAUCCUCAUUCCUCACCGGAACAGAGAGAAACAUCUGAUGUACCUGCUGGAACAUCUCCAUCCUUUCCUGCAGAGGCAGCAACUGGAGUAUGGCAUCUACAUCAUCCACCAGGCUGGAAGUAAAAAGUUUAAUCGAGCAAAACUCUUGAAUGUGGGCUAUCUAGAGGCUCUCAAAGAAGAGAAUUGGGAUUGCUUUAUAUUCCAUGACGUGGACCUUGUGCCUGAGAAUGAUUUUAACCUUUACACAUGUGAGGAUCAGCCCAAGCAUCUGGUGGUGGGCAGGAACAGCACUGGGUACAGGUUGCGUUACAGUGGAUAUUUUGGGGGUGUUACUGCCCUAAGCAGAGAACAGUUUUUCAAGGUGAAUGGAUUCUCUAACAACUACUGGGGAUGGGGAGGCGAAGACGAUGACCUCAGACUCAGGGUUGAGCUCCAUAAAAUGAAAGUAUCCCGGCCUAAGCCUGAAGUGGGUAAAUAUACAAUGAUCUUCCACACUAGAGACAGAGGCAACGAGGUGAACGUAGAACGCAUGAAGCUGUUACACCAAGUAGCACGAGUCUGGAAGACUGAUGGAUUGACUACUUGUACUUACAAGUUACUGUCUGUGAAAUACAAUCCUUUAUAUAUCAACAUCACAGUGGAUUUCUGGUCUGGUGCAUGACCCUGGAUCUUUUGGUGAUGUUUGGGAGAAGUGAUUAUUUGAUCGCAAUAGUUUUGGCCUAGAGACUUCCCCUAGUAGCAGCACACAUUGAGAUUGUAUUGUAGCCCAUUAUUAGGCUGCAUUUUUCCAUUUGUAUUUUCUUAGCAGAGCUCCUGGUGAUGCAGAAAGUCGACUAUUAACAUGACAGUUGUCUCAGUUUAGAUCAUGAGGGUGAAUAUUGUAAUACAGGUACUUGAAGGACUAAACAUAAAAAGGUGACUCAAAGGGUAUAAUGAAGGUUUCCUGAGAACUCUGGUUGAAUGUAAUAUGGCAUAGAAUGCCACAAAUAAGGCUGCUGGGGAUCCCUGAGAACCAGCAUUUCUCUCCAGCAACGGAAGAAGGUACGAAACUGUAUUUGCAUUCGUCAUUUCUCCUGCGUGGUCAUCUGUGAAGCAGUGCACCCAGGUGUGAAGAAGGCCACAUGAAGGGGAAGCAUCAGGAUGCAGUGAGCUGGGAUGCAGAGGCCCAGGAAGACGGAGGCAGUGGCGGCUGUGCUGGA